GUGAUAUAACGUCAAGACUAAGGAACCAUCCUGCUAGUGUUUCUCUAGGCUUCAAGAUACCGCAACAAAGCUACAGAUCAUCUUCUCAAAUUGUGAACAUAUAUUGACGACGCCAUGGCGGAUCCGGUUACCAUGUCCCCAGGAGCCCAACAACCCAGUUCUAUCUCGGUCAAGGGUUUCAAGAUCACCACGCAAAAGUUGCCAAUCUUAAAGGCCGAUCCGAUUGAAGACAUGACCAAUAAGCUCGGGAUUACGCCACCCGAGAUGAUAUUCGGUGACAAUUACGUUGCGAUAGAGCAUGAAAAAAGUGGCUGGGGUAUCAACUUCAAUGCUUUCGAUGCUUUGAAUCGGGUUGACAAGACUGGCGCAUCGAUGCUGAAGGUUGCAUAUUCGAGAGAAUGGCAGAGUAGCAGAGAGAAAACUCAUGAAGGAAUCAAGGAAAUCGUCAAGCCGUUUGAUUGGUCCUACAGUACAGACUACACGGGCACUGUCUCUCGUAACGCAAGGGAGUUUGAGCCGACAACGCAAGCCAUACCUAUCGAGUUACUCAAGCGUCCGGACCCGAUAUUGUUUUUCGAUGAGGUCAUCCUUUACGAGGAUGAACUUGCGGACAACGGCAUCGCUAUGCUAUCCUGCAAGAUACGAGUAAUGCCGGACCGGCUACUUUUGCUAUUGAGAUUUUUCAUGCGUUUGGACAAUGUACUCUUCCGUCUCCGGGAUACAAGAGUGUAUGUGGACUUUGAUACCCUCGAAGUUAUUCGCGAGUAUCAGUCCAAGGAGUGUGAAUAUGAGGUCGUUCGUCGGACCCUAGCGGCUACGAGAGAUGAUAUUCCGGCCGUCAUGAGAGAUGCCAAUAGGCUUUCAGAGAUCCUUCAACUCAAGGAGAAACGUUCAGAGCGAGUCAUUCUCACCAAAUAGCCAGUUCAUGUUAGCCAUGGAAAAUGUCUCCUUGGUCUGUGUGCCUUAUCACCGUUUCUGCGAAAUAGAAAACGGGUUUCCUUGAGCGCUUGUCCGUCCCCAUUCAGAGUGGCAGGCAAGGGAGAAAACAUCAGGUGUUUUCAGGGGUAGAAGAUCUCCAGCAGGUCUACCGAGUUCCACUGGGAACCUGGCCACCACUCUCAGGCAAGAAGUAUCUCUACUCGCUGCAUGUGCUCUGCAGACGCCCCGGGAACCCCCCGGAGCACUAGGUACGCUUGUCUUCAGGCUUGACAAACUCCUAUACUCGACUACCACCUUUUGAUCGAGCAUACCGCCUGAUCUAAUAUCCUAUCCCUAUCCAGCCCAUGUCUCACCACUUUUGAUGGGAAAUCUGGUUUUCAAUGGUGUUGGCCUGCAAAGCUUCAAGUCGUUGAAGGGCAUGUUGAUGAGACACAACCAUGGUCUGAGCGCCGUUUCUGGUGGUUCAUUCAACAGAAUGGCAGAACACCCAAUCAUGCAACCCUCGCUGAGUCCAAUUCAAUGCCUGCAUUAACGGGAAGUAAUCACCGCCGACGAACGUUCGCCGGGCUACUCUGUUACUUGACAAACAAAGAAAGUCGAAGCAUAAUUACGAUCUGAACCCUCGCAGUCAUUGACAGGAAUAUACUAGAAUGAUGUAACAAGGAUUUCCAAACAUAGGCAUGUCAUCUGGGUAAUUUGAAA